AUGAUGUUUUUUAAGUGUAAUAAUGUUUUUACCUUGGUUUUUUUGUUGCUCUUAUAUUUUAACAAUAUUGUCUACACCCAUGUAGAUGAUAUAAAAGAUACAUCCCAGAAGAAAAUUACAUAUGAUAAAUAUAAUACAAAUAAAGAAAAUAUGAAUAAUGAAAAAAAUGAUAAUAAAGAUAGUAUUUAUAAUAAUAAUAAUGAUAAUAUUAAUAAGGAAGAUGAGUAUAAAUUUUUAUCUAUAAAAAAUUAUAGGGAUAAUUUAUCAAAUAAAUUAAAUAAUGAAAAUGAUCAUAUGAACUAUUUAAUAAGAAAAAGAAAAGAUAAUGCUCAAGGAAGUCAACAGUUCAAUGAAAAUAAUGAAAAUAAUGAAAAUUCAUCUAUCAUGAAUUCAGAAUCAUAUAAUAAUAUUAUCAAUUCUAAUGAACAUAAUGAAGAACAAAUAAAAAAAAAAGAAGAAGAUUUAAUUGAAGCAUUUUUCCCUUUUAUAUUAAAAAAAUUAAAUAACGAAUCAUUAUCUGUUGAUCAUAAAUACGAUGAUUAUGAUAAUUUACCAAGUGAUCAUAAUGACACACAUAAAGAAAAUUCAAGUGAUCAUAAUUUAUUAGAAUAUAAAUUGGGUAAUAACCUAAAAUCAUAUUUGGUAGAAGAAAAUGAUGUUCCUCAAACAACAACUGAUGACAUAAAUGAAAGCGCAAGUAGUGACUCUGAAGACAUUCAAGAAAUUCUCAGUACGGAUUCAAAUACAUCUCAUUUGAAGGAACAAAAGAAUCAAACAAAUCCACCAAGUCAACAUAAAUCACAAGGAACAAAGGGUGUAUCAAAUUCACAAGUAAUUUCACCUGAAGGAAAAGGUGAACAAAAAUCACAACCUCAACACCCUUUAGUUAAGAGUGGGGAUCAAAAAUUAGAACACCCAAAAGAAAUUGAUGAUAAUGCGGAAAAAAUAAGAAGAACGUUAUUAAAAGAAAGCAGAGAUAUUAAAAAUACAACAGCCAUAAUAGACGAAACAGUAUAUAAAUUUGAACAACUGAUUAUGAAAGGAAGAUAUUAUGCCACUGCAGUGAAAAAUUUUGUUAUAUUUAAAGUAAAUUAUAUUUGUGAAUAUUCCAAAUGUGGACCCAAUUCACGUUGUUAUAUUGUGGAAAAAGAUAAAGAACAAUGUAGAUGCCGACCUAAUUAUAUAGUUGAUAUGAGUGUAAAUUAUUUUAAAUGUAUACCUAUGAAAGAUAUGAACUGUUCAAAAAAUAAUGGAGGUUGUGAUGUAAAUGCAGAAUGUACUAUUGUUGAAGGUGCAGUAAAAUGUCAGUGUUCACAUCUUUAUUUUGGUGAUGGUGUAUUUUGUGUAAAGAAUUCUCAAACAAAACAAACUUUAUAUAUUUUACUUAUAGUAAUAUUGUUAGUUUUUCAAAAUUUUUUCAUUUAA